UUUACUUAUUCGAGUACUGGUAGCUCUAUAAGAGUUACAUUACAACUCAACUUUUAAUCUAUUGCUUGCAAUUUGCUAUCAUGAAUUUGGAUUCUAAAUUCCAAAAAGAUUACGGUGAUUGUAAAUGCAACAUUAUCGAAAAAUCGAUAUGUAAUCUAAGCAAUUUUUAAUUGGUACACCAUCAAGUUUGUCAAAAUAAUCGUCGCAUGAAGUAAAUACAAACUAAACUUAAACGAGAAAAUCGAGUUCACAAAGAACUUAUAUCAUUCAAUUGCCCCCUAAACAAUUUGGGUUCAAACUUAAUGUAUGUAACAAAUACGAAGACCCGUAUAAGCCUAUUAGUUGAAUAUUUAUGGUAUCUCAGUAAACUUGAAGAAAAGACUAACUCACUAAUUAACACUCAAGUUUGUUUUUUUUUUUUUGAAUUUAUCUAAACAUCUAGUAUCCAAACAUAUCAAAUUGAUUCAUUCUAGGACAAGCUUCAAAUAUGUGUCACCAUUCACAGGACUUUUUUGGUUAGUGACCACGAAUAUGAAUCCAAUUAAUAAUUACUCUGUUGACAAAGGUUAUAGAAACAUGCUGAGUGUUGUAGCACAAGAUGCAUUAGAAGUAAAAACAACGGCUAGCGGAAAUAAUUCUUACACUCCAUCUAUUGAAACUGUAGCCCAAAUCAAAUACAAAAAAUUACCGUUUUAUGAAGUCAUUGAUGAAGUCAUUAAGCCAACUCUUCUAACUGGCACGGACACAUGUACAUUACCAAAUGUUCAUAAAGGUAUGAAAGAAGCUAUAUUUAUACUUCCUCUGUCACUCGAACAAAUCAAUUUUGUAGCCAGUAAUCGUAAAAUUUCUUCUGGAAAAGAAGAAUAUCUUUAUCAGUUCCAAAUUCGAAUUUGUCAAUUUAUAGAGCCUGUACCUAAUGAGUCACCAGAUUACAUGCCUCUCGAUCUAUUCAUACGAGUUGGUAGGAAACCAUGUCUAUUACCGCCUUCUCUACUUAUAACUCCACUAGAAACUAAAUCUAGACUAACUGCAAGACCUAUCGAUUGCACAGAAAAUGUUAAACUUUGUCCAUUCAUUAGCAACUACAUCACUAUAAAUUGGACUCCGGAUGGAAAACAUUAUGUUUUUGCACUAUAUUUUGUAAAAAAAUUAACCACAAAUACUUCAAUUUAAGAACUUCAAGACAAAGGUGGUAGGAGUUCCGAAGAUACCAGAAACAUUAUAAUUAAAAAGUUAGCAAAUGUUGGUCUAGAUGUAGCUACAAUGUCUUAUCGUUUUUCUUUAAUUUGUCUGUUGAUUAAAAUGAGAAUGAAGAUACCUGCAAAAUCUAUUCAUUAUGAUCAUCUAUAAUGUUUUAAUGCCAACACAUUUAUUUUAAUGAAUGAGAAGAAACCAACCUCCAAAGUCAUCUUUUAUCGAUCUUACUUUAAGUAAUGAUGAAAGACUACAAGCUCAAGUACAGCUGCAACAAGCUAAUACCAAUUUUGAAUAAAUUUCAAGUCCUACCCCUACGACUGAAGCCUCCCAGUUAAUUAUUAUUAUUUUUUUUUAAUAUUAUAAGUAAUUUUGAUAGUAUAAGCUUUUAUGAUUAGUGUAGUUCAAUCCAUGUAUCAACAAUAUAUUUUUUAGAAUG